CCAGUCGGUCUUCGAGUCGCUGCCUCAAUCAACGGCUCGAUCACUCACCAAAGUUACCAAACUACGUCAAAGCGAAGACCUUGGUCAUCAACCGGAUUCAUGGACGGUCAGGACGGGCCAGUUGCCGACAUGGGCGAGAAAGUGCAGUCCCUCAGCCAGUCCCAGAUCGACAUUAUUAUCGCCUUGGAAAGAAUUGGCGCGUCCCUGUCGUUGGUCGGAGUCACUCUGAUAUUUAUUACCUACUGGCAGUUCAAGCGCAUUCGAAGUGUUCCAAAUCUCUUCAUCGUCUUCGCGUCGAUUGCCAAUGUUGGUGCCAGCAUUGCCUGUGCCAUGGGCUACGACGGCAUGCGAGCUGGAGCAGAAUCCGCUCUGUGUCAAGCACAAGCAUUUUUGCUCGAAAUGUUCAUGCAGUCUGACCCUUGGUGGUCUUUCGCCAUGGCUGUCAAUGUCUACCUCGUCUUCUUCGCCGGUGCCAAUCCUUCUUCCUUCCGACGCUACAUUUGGGUCUACUGCGCUAUUUGCUUUGGCUUCCCCAUGAUCCCAGCCGUUGUUUGUCUCCUAGUCCGACCUCGUGGCCCAGAUGACCUUAUCUACGGAGAUGCCACCAUAUGGUGCUGGAUAAAUCAUGAUUGGUCCAAACUUCGUAUAUUCACUUAUUAUAUUCCCAUCUGGACCUGCAUUGUUGGGUCAUGCGUUAUUUAUUUUGCCGUCGGCUACCACGUCUUCCAUCACCGCAAUCAACUCCACAACCUCACCUUCAGCAAUACCGGAAGAGACUGCAAAGACACAUCCUGUUCGGAUGAGCGAGACUCAGCAGAAAAGAACCUCACAACCCGUACCGAGUUUUUCUAUGGAACCGCUGUGACGGAUAUACAAAUUACAACGAUGGCACCCAGGCCUUGGACUCCCCAGGUGCCAUCCCUAGCCAUUACAAAGCAGUCGGACGGUCAACAGCCCCGACACCAACAGUCAUGGCGUACGAGUGAAGAGGAUGGACACUGUACACCAAGCCCUCGGUUCGAAACCACAUGCACAUCAGACCCCCCGCCACGAAAACCCCGUCGAUCUGUCUUUCAACGAAUUGGGGGCGUUGGUACAAAGUUCUCUGCCAGGUUGGAUCGUCUAGAUCCUGUCAAGCUUGCAUACCUCAGAACCAGUUUCAUCUUUGCCAUCUCUGUUUUGGUGACAUGGACACCAAGCUCUAUCAACAGAGUAGUCAAUCUUCUCAAGCCCGAAGUUGUCAGCUUUGGCCUGAACGUCGCCAGCGCCACAGUCCUCCCACUUCAAGGAGUAUGGAAUGCCGUCAUCUUCUUCAUGACUAGUUGGACGACGUUCAGAGACGAGUGGAAAGAUAGGGGCUCUCGUCACCAGGUUCGACUUGGAAGUUGCGGUAUCGAAAGUCGCCAAGGCGGCGUUAGGAUCGAAGUCCUUCGCAGCGAUCACCAAGACAGGUUUCGAAACGGUCGCUAUGGGCACACGAAAGCUAUCGGCAGCGAUCAAACGAGUGAACUCGAGUUGACAGUCCCUUCGGGAGUCGGUAACGUCCGAGCAAUGAGAGGAUCUUUUAGUAUAUGA